GCAUUUACAUAAGGCAGCCUGCCCACUCAUUAUCAUGUUUUAUAUCCCCCUGCACUCACAGAGCAUCAUGGCAAAGUAGCUCCAUCCUCCCCGUCAACAGGGAAGUGAAGCAGCUUCACGGAGCAGGUGUCAGCACCCGAAAACUCCCCAACACACAUGAGCAAAGAAGAAGACAGGAACUUUAUUUUUUUACCUUUUAAUUCAUUUAUCCCCCCUUUUCCUCCUUUCCCCUUCAAGCAGGCAUAUGCUGUAGCCUAGUUUUUAAUGUUUUCUAAAAUGGUAUCCAAGCUGACAUCCCUGCAGCAGGAGCUCCUCAGCGCCCUGCUUGACUCAGGAGUAACCAAAGAUGUCCUGAUCCAGGCCCUGGACGAUAUGGACCCGAGCCCGCCGGGAUUUGGAGUUAAAUUGGAGAACCUGCCCCUUUCGCCCGUCCCGCCGCAGAGCGGAAAGAUGAACGUAGCGGACGCCGCCGACUCCAAACCCAUCUUCCACACGCUCACCAACGGCCACAGCAAGGGCAAACUGUCCGGGGACGAGGGCUCCGAGGACGGGGACGACUACGACACGCCGCCGAUACUGAAGGAGCUUCAGUCGCUCAACACGGAGGAGGCCGCCGAGCAGAGGGCGGAAGUGGACCGCAUGUUGGCAGAGGAUCCAUGGCGUGCUGCCCGCAUGAUCAAAGGUUACAUGCAGCAGCACAACAUCCCCCAACGGGAGGUCGUGGACGUCACAGGGCUGAACCAGUCUCACCUCUCCCAGCACCUCAACAAAGGCACGCCCAUGAAAACACAGAAGCGAGCGGCCCUCUACACCUGGUAUGUCAGGAAACAGCGGGAAAUUCUCCGACAGUUCAACCAGGCAGUGCAAGGUUCUGGCGGCAGCAUUAUGACUGACAAAGGCAAUCAGGAUCAGGUGUUUUUUUUCCCAGAGUUCAACCCUUCCGGUCAGGGCAUGGGUCAGCCUGGCGAAGAGGUCGGCAGUGAACCCUCCAGCAAGAAAAUGAGACGCAACCGUUUCAAAUGGGGCCCUGCGUCCCAGCAAAUCCUGUACCAGGCCUAUGAGCGGCAGAAGAACCCAAGCAAGGAGGAGCGGGAGGCCUUGGUGGAAGAGUGCAACAGAGCUGAGUGUCUUCAGAGAGGGGUCUCCCCCUCCAAAGCGCAGGGCCUCGGCUCUAAUCUGGUCACAGAAGUUCGAGUCUACAACUGGUUCGCAAACCGGCGUAAAGAGGAAGCUUUCAGGCAGAAGUUAGCCAUGGAUGCCAUCACUGCUCCGCCCCACAGCCUCAACUCUCUGCUGUCACACAGCUCGCCACAUCAUCCCCAGAACAGCGCUUCACCUCCAAUGCGAUACAGCCAAGGCCCCGGUGAGGUCACCUCCUCCACGACCAUCAGUCACCACAGCAGCAACUCCAUGCCGAGCAGCCAGUCGGUGCUCCAGCAGGUGUCUCCGGGAGGAUUGGACCACAGCCACAGCCACAGUCUGCUGUCACCUGACGCCAAGAUGAUUUCAGGUUCAGGUGGAGGACUUCCUCCAGUUAGCACGCUGACAAACAUCCACAGUUCCCAUCACAGCCAUCAGCAGACGCAGAACCUCAUCAUGCCUCUGUCUGGAGUCAUGGCCAUAGCACAGAGUUUAAACACGUCGCAAUCUCAGUCGGUACCAGUGAUCAACAGCGUGGCGGGCAGCCUUGCAGCGCUGCAGCCGGUGCAGUUUUCACAGCAGCUCCACAGCCCCCACCAGCAGAGCCUGAUGCAGCAUUCCCCCAGCCACAUGAGCCAGCAGCCCUUCAUGGCCACUGUCACACACUCGCACAUGUAUUCACACAAACAAGAGCCACCGCAAUAUUCCCACCCCUCACGUUUCCCCUCAGCCAUGGUGGUCACAGACGGAAACAGCCUCAGCACCCUCAGCUCAAUGUCCUCAAGCAAGACAGACGCUCCUGUAAACAAGAUGGUGCAACUCGGGGGUCUCUCCUGGUGUCCUCUUCAAGCCUGGUGAGAGUAAGCGCCUGACUUCCCCGGUGCCGGGCAACCUGAGCACAUUUUUCCACCCUCUUGCCGCUGUUACCAUGACAACUCUUAAUAACGGGCAGAGGCACAAGGUCGAUGAGGAGUCAGUCAACAAAACUAACGGGAGGAAAGACGACGUUGGGCCGGGUGGUAAAAAUAAGAACAUGAGGAAGUAGACAAAAGAAAAAACUGGACUCACUGGAGCCCACCUCUGUGACACACAAAUGAUCAACAAGGAUGUAUGAUUUUAACACAAUCUGUGAAAACAGUAUUCAGUUUUUUUUAACGCCCAUUUUCAAUAAAGAGACUUCACAAAAGGAACAAAAACCAACCGCCCCCCAAAAAACUCAUGAACUGAGAGGCUCUGGGAAACUGACACUUUGAUUUCAAGUGGAAAUAUGAAGACUUGUUGAGUCUAAAAGAGACACUAAUCAGCCUCUGCGAAGGCUGAAAGACUAAAUGAAGUAAGUUCCUGCAUGCCGUCAUUAACGGCAACACAAGAAUCCCCUUGCCAGGAGCAGAACUGUCUGACAAUCACCUGUUUUGAUCUUGUGCAUUGGCUUUAUAGGAGUCUUCCAUGUUAUUCUUUCACUCUCAGUUUACUGUGCCAGCAUUGGUGCAGAUGUUCUAUGUGUAUACUGUGAUUGAAGAGACUUUGACAAUCUUGAAAGGACCAUGCAAUGGGUCUGUUUGUGUAUGCAAUGCUUUUUUUUUUUUUUACUAGAUUCUGCACACUUGAGACUGGAAAAGACUAUGCACUAUCUAUAAAAUGGAGUUUCUGUUGUGAAAAGCUGCCUGUAACAUAAGAAAAACACAGAUUGAUGUGUUUAUGUGUGACAAAUAUGCCAAAGAAUAAGAGUGUAGCUGAGUGUAGGAUUUAUUUGUGGUCACGUCUCAAAAAUCAGCCAGUCGUAUCUAUAACCCAGGUCUGCCCUGAGGGGGAGGACUGACUCACACACUUUAAACGUGGCCCUUCCCUUCCACUUUGUUUGCAUACAGGUUCAGGUGAAUUUCAGGAAUGGGACUCACCCUCCUCCUUCCUCUCCCAUUUCCUACUGCAAUAUGAAGAAAUAACAAAAAAUUGUACAAAUAUUGAUAAAAGCUCCUCGUCACAAAGCACCCCUACAGUAGACAAUGAAAAAUAUUGACAGGUAUUCAGAAACAAAACAGUCGUGUUGCUCUGGUAUUCAGUGAAAGACAGGGACAUGAAAGAGCAAAAUGUUGUGACAGCAGCAGCUCUAAUCAAACAGGAAUCCAAAAAGGCUGAGAAAUGUCGGGAGAGAUGCAGCUGCUGUGGGUACAGACACCCACGCUUACAGUGCCAAGCUGUGUUAGGAGGACAGAAUACAAAGCCAGUGCUGGCCUGGACUCAUACGUGGGAAUCUGACUGUUGGGUCCACUGAAAAAGAAAAAGAUGUCGACUUUAUGCUAACUAGCAUAAAGCUAACGAACACACCAGCAUUGUCUGUACUGGGAGUGAGUUUGUGUUCAGAUCACCCAUUUAGUGAACCCACCAACAUUGGGAAAUUAGACCGCUGGACUGCAGGUAGUAAAGAAAAAAUCUGAAACCUUAACUGUGUGCUAUCCUCUUCUCCGAUAGCGUCUCAGUCUAACUAUCUGCAUGAUAACGGGAAAGGAGAAGAUAUGCAACCAAAUUUGACACCAAAAAGGACACAUUUAAACAUUUGUACAAAACAAAAUGGUAAUUUAUAACCAUAAAACCCUCUGUUAUAAGUGUGGCAGAUCCAGUCUCCUGUUCAAUAUUAGGUCAUUAUUAUCAUUUUGAUUGGUUGGUGUCUGUUAUAGCCACGUCGACUGCCAACUGAUCGGAGGGCACUCAUACUUUUGUGACAGGACAUGAUUUUCUUCCCUCUCCUAAUGUAUUAUUUUUGUACAAAGUGAAAUCAAUCAUAAAUCAUUAUUUAUACUUUCUGAGAAAAUAUUGAUAUUUCAAGUAAAAGUUUUUUUUUUCCAAAAAUGAA